UUUGGUUGACGGUCUAUAUUUACAAAAGAAACGAAAACGUAUUCAAUUGAUCGUCCAAAAGCAGCAAUGUAUUAGAAAUUGUAUACAAUCGUGUGUUAUAUUUAUGUAGUUUGUAGACCUCUUUAGCCAACCUAACAAUAUUUAGAAAGCAUAGACAAUUACCUUGCAAGUGAUUGCAAGCGAAAACACUGACCUUUUCGUUUUCGACAGAGUAUAUUUUCGAUUUGACGUUCUUAUCUUCAGCAUUUUACGGUAAUCCUUUUCCAUUGCGGAUAGUGCGUAAAUAAAAAACAUAAUUGAUAUGAAAGUUUGGUUUCUAUAGAAAUAAUGAUAUCUAAUCGAUUCAGGAAUAAUGAUUGGCCAAGUUACUGUUAAGCUUCGUGUCCAUCAAGUGUAACUGAUUCUAAAAUUAGAUGGAGUUUCGGCGCAUUUAGGAUUAAACAAUGCCGAAGGUGCCGUACAAGUCGUCGGACCAGCCCAAUCGGGACGACGAGGAUUAUGAGAUCGUGUCGUUUGAGGACUUCUGCGACAAGUCUCCGGGAUCGAAAACAGAUUUAUUGACUUUGAACGACAAUAUCAACUAUCGCAUUUGUUACGAGGGCGAGAAGCCAGUGAAAUUUGUGGAUGAUGACGGUGGGACGAGCAGCAGAGACUUGGAGCAGUUGGAAACCUCCCUGAACGGCUCAAAGGUCAGCUUCAAGGAGCGGUUGUCAAACUUUGCGCCGUUUGGGAAAGCGUCGAAGACGACGAGAGCGUCCCCGUUCAGUGGAGUUAUACCGAAGGCUCGGGCUGAAAGCGACUCUCCAAGGGAGCAUAGAUACCAACGAUUUUCGUCCCAUCGCAACAUAUGCCAGCGCGUGUGUGACGGCCUGCCUUGCUACGGGUCCGGGCUCAUACUGGUUGUAAUAGUGUGCGCGCUGUGCGCAGGCGCCUGGUGGGCUGUCUGCGGCGCCGUGGGCGGCGCGUGGGGGGAAGAGCACUACCGACGAUUAUGGGAGCGAGCACACCCGGACAACGUGAAGAAACCACCGGCACCAAUCACAUACGAAAAGAUCCUGCCUGAAUUCCGCUACCACGACCACAACAACUUAAGCACGAAGAACAAGCUGAACGCCACGGAGCUAAAGAAGAAACCCGAUCUCUACAAGAAGGCGUACACGGAACGACCGCCCGAGGUGAUGAGCGACAUCUGCGCGCAGAUCGAGGAUAACAUGAGGUUCGACUGUUUCCCGCAAGAUGGCGCUAAUGAGAAAGAAUGUGUGCAACGAGGUUGUUGCUGGCUCCCCGCUAAAACGCAAGGCGCGCCAUAUUGCUUCUACCCCCCACAAUACGACACGUACCGUUUUGUGAAUAUGACUGAAACUAAACACGGGACAACGGCGUACUACCAGCGAAUGCGACCUUCCGGUUACCCUGGCGACUUUGAAGUGGCUAGGAUGGACUUUAAGUACCUGUCGGAUGAUGUUCUACACAUUAAGAUCUACGACGCGGAAAACAAGCGAUUCGAGCCCCCCUACCCCGAAAUCCCUAUGGUCCCGGAGCCUAUCGCGAACCUCAAGUACCGCGUGCAGAUAGAGAGCGCCACUGUCGGCUUCAAGGUCAUCAGGAACUCUGACAACGUCACUCUUAUAAACACUCAAGACGUCGGCGGUCUCAUUCUAUCGGACAAAUUCCUGCAACUCUCGGCCAUUCUGCCCUCGUCGCAGAUGUACGGCCUCGGCGAGCGGCAGUCGCGCUUCAAACUCGACAUGGGCUGGAAAACGUACGCUAUGUUCAACUACGACACAGCGCCUACUGAGAAUACGAACCUUUACGGGACGCACCCGUUUUAUUUGAACCUGGAGCCCAGCGGAAACAGUCACGGCAUGCUUCUGCUAAACACUUACGCCAUGGACGUGAUCCUGCAGCCGGCACCGGGUAUAACGUACCGCACCACUGGCGGGUCGCUGUCGUUGUUCCUGUUCGCGGGCCCGGCGCCCGCGGCGGCCGCGGCGCAGUACUCGCGGCUGCUCGGCCGCCCCGCCAUGCCGCCCUACUGGGCGCUGGGCUUCCAUCUCUGCAAAUUCGAUUACGGCAGCUUAAACGUGACUCGAGACGUAUGGCAGAAAAAUAGGGAUGCUGGCAUUCCUUUUGAUGUGCAAUGGAACGACCUAGACUAUAUGAACAACUCGAACGACUUUACGUACGACAAGGUGAAAUACGCGGGUCUGCCGGAGUUCGUUGACGAACUGCAUAAAGACGGGAUGCACUACGUCGUGCUUAUUGACCCCGGCGUGAGCGCAGGCGAGCCGCCGGGCGAGUACCCUCCCUUCGACCGCGGCGUGGAGCUCGACAUCUUCAUCAAGAACUCCACCCAGCAACCUUUCAUCGGCAAGACAUGGAAUAAGAUAUCGACAGCCUACCCCGACUUCACGCACCCUAGCGCCACCGCGUAUUGGGUGGAGAUGAUGACCAGUUUGCACAAGGAAGUGCCGUUCGAUGGAGCUUGGAUUGAUAUGAAUGAGCCAUCUAACAUGCUAUCGGGCCCCCUCCACGGCUCCUGCGCCCCAGAGGACCUUCCAUACAAGCCCCAUACAUCAGGAGCCGACGGUCUGCGCUCAAAAACCAUUUGUAUGGACGCGCAGCACUACGCCGGGACACACAGAGACUGGCACAAUUUGUACUCGCUCACUGAAGCCAUCGCUACGGACUUCGCGCUGACAGAGAUUCGCGGCAAGCGCCCCUUCAUCAUCUCCCGCUCGACGUUCGCGGGCUCCGGCCGCUACGCCGGCCACUGGAGCGGGGACGUGUUCAGCGAGUGGCACGACAUGGCUAUGUCCAUACCUGAAAUCCUAAGCUUCAGCCUGUUCGGUAUACCGAUGAUGGGCGCCGACAUUUGCGGGUUCAACGGCGACACUACAGUGGAGCUGUGCAAGCGGUGGAUGCAACUAGGGGCCUUCUAUCCCUUCUCACGGAACCACAACUCUGACCGGUCCAUCCCUCAAGACCCAGUGAGCCUGGGCCCCGAGGUGGUGGCGGCGAGCAGGCAGGCGCUGCGCACGCGCUACCGGCUGCUGCCCUACUACUACACCAUGUUCUGGCGCGCGCACGUCGCCGGGGAGACCGUGGCCAGGCCUCUGUUCUUCGAGACACCCGAUAACCCGGUGACUCACGACAUAGACGCCCAAUUUCUCAUUGGCCCGUACCUCAUGAUAUCGCCCAUACUGGAACAAGGAGCCAGGACCACAAGGGCCUACUUCCCUGGCGUGUGGUACCACCUGCAGGAUGGCUCGGCCCUGGCGCAAGACCAGUGGAACACGCUGGAUGAAAACCAGACGGUUUCUGUCCGGGGUGGCGGGAUAAUCCCGCUGCAGGCGCCGCCCUUGGGCGCGGUGAGCACGGCGCGCGCGCGCUCGUCGCCGCUGCAGCUGCUGGCCGCGGCCGCCGCGCGCCGCGCCGCCGGCGCGCUGUACUGGGACCACGGCGACACGCUCAAUAGCUACGAAGAGAAGCAAUACAGCCACAUAGAGUUCGUCCUCAGCUACACUGAGCUCAAGAGCGAAGUCCACUGGUGGGGCUUCGGGGUCCCCCCCCUCAACAAGGUGACGCUACUCGGCCAAGAGCUGCCCGUACAAUCCGUCUCCAUCAACAACGCACCCUGUGUCAAGACUUGUCAGUUCAGCUAUAAUGGUCAAACUAAGGUACUUGAGAUAUAUAAUAUGACUCUAGCUUUGGACAAGCCGUUCAGUAUUAAGUGGAGUUUUAAAAUGAUGACGCCGUUUGUGAACAGAGUGGAGAAGAUUAGGAACGGUACGAUUAAUUGAACAAAAUAGGGUUGUAGGUUGGGUUUUAGGGAUGGGAAAAAAACGCAUGCUAAAAUACUCAAAAUUGCGUUUUUAAUAAAAUUUAAAAUCGACUGAGAGUUAAUAGCUCUCGGACUUUGAGACUUUGAAACUUCCUGUGCUUGUAUUAACUAAAUGUCAUAGACGGUACCUUUAAAAUAACAUUUUCACCGGCGAGGCUGUCAAAUCUAGUCAAAAAUUGCCACCAAGUUACCUUUUGUAAUAAAGUUCAAAGUCUGAGAGUCCAUAGAGUUGAGAAAAUUAGGAAUGAUACGAUCAUUUGAACGGUAAGAGCGUUCGACUUUCCGGGGUCGUGGGUUCGAACCCCGGCUCGUACUAAUGAGUUUUUCGGAACUUAUGUGCGAAAUGUCAUUUGAUAUUUGCUAGUCGCUUUUCGGUGGAGGAAAACAUCGUACUACGUGUACGAUUGUUGCUAACGCUCAAAAUCAAUUAAGAAAAGUAGGAUGCGUUCAUCGAAAAGUUACUCUAUUUUAACAAGAGCUCUUUUUGUGUAUAAGAAUCCCUUGUAGAGAUUACUAGAGCGCGUUUCAGAAACGAUUUUGUACGUUUCUCGGUAAAGUUCAAAAUUAAAUGAGAGUCGUGGAAUUGAGGGAUUGUGCAUUUUUUGCAUUUUGCAAAUUACGUCAAUAUUGUAGAAUUUUAUAAGAAAAAUCUUAGCUGUCGUGUAGGAUAAAGUUACCCUUAUAAGGUACAGUCGCGUUCAAUAA